CUCUGUUUCAGUGCUAGGCGAGCGCGUGUGGGGCGCGACUGGAGUUCCAGGUGAGAGCUGGAACCAGGAAGUGUCUAUCUGGAGAAUCUGCGGACGUGGAGUGCGACAGAGCUCAUCAAACAUGUCAGAUGUUAGGUACUGCGAGAGGUGCUCUUACCUCUUUCUAAAGUUCACUCUCAUUAUAUACGCCACGGUUUUCUGGUUGAUUGGUGGUUUCAUCCUGGCCAUCGGGAUCUAUGCGGAGGUAGAGCGUCAGCGCUAUAAGACCCUGCAGGGAGCCUUCCUCGCCCCAGCCAUCAUCCUCAUCCUCCUCGGCGUGGUCAUGUUCAUCGUGUCCUUCAUCGGAGUCCUGGCCUCCCUCAGGGAUAACCUGAGCCUGCUCAAAGUGUUUCUCUACAUGCUGACUGUCUGUCUGAUUCUGGAGCUUCUCGGAGGAAUCCUGGCCCUCGUGUUCAGAAACCAGACAGUGGAGCUCCUGAACAAAAACAUCCGGAAAGGCAUGGUGAACUACUACGACGAUCUAGACUUCAAAAACAUCAUGGAUUUUGUUCAGAGAAAGUUUAAGUGCUGUGGGAGUGAGGAGUACAUGGACUGGACGGUGAACAUGUACCACAACUGCAGUGCCCCUGGGCCCCUGGCGUGUGGAGUGCCUUACACCUGCUGCCUGGAGAAGCCCAAUGAAGUUGCCAAUACACUGUGUGGAUCUGGAGUGUUGAAUAAAAAUCGCCAUGAAUUGGAUCAGAUGAUCCAUGUUCGAGGCUGCACAAAUGCCGUCUUCCUCUGGUUCAUGGACAACUAUAAGAUCAUGGGCGGUUUGCUACUUGGCAUUCUCUUGCCACAGUUCAUAGGUGUCCUGUUCACCUGGCUCUACAUCACACGUGUGGAGGAUGCCAUCACGGACUAUGGUCACUAUGGUCAGGACCUGCUGGACGGGGGCCCCAAAGGGCCAAAGCAGCAAGGCAAGCUGGCAAAAUGGUGCAAAUGCAUGCCGGAGAUCGACUGAGGCUUCAGCCCGAUGACCAUUUGCCAUACAAGCCUAUGUGCAGCUCAGGUGGACAACCUUAGUCUUUUUUAGCAUGUCAAAGGAUGCUGGAGCAUGUCUAAUCGGAAGAUAUAUAUAUAUUUUAUACAUUGUUUUCAUAUGUGGUUGCAUGUUAACUUGAAAGGAGUACCAAAUGAGCAGUUGCCUUUGAACUCAACUAUCCUAUCAGUAAACUUGCCAAUGUAUGCUGUGCAAUGAAGUGUGUCAAAUGGAGAUUUUUGUAUUUUUUCUAACAUUUUUAAGUGUUUUGGGUGUAUUUUGCUUAAGAAUAAAUUCCUCAGGUUUAAGCAUGAGUUCUAAACAUUUGUUAAAAAAAAUCCCAUUUGUACAUGUAGAUAGAAAUCCUUACAUGUAUGUGUGAAUUGUGAUGCAGAAUAUUCAAGUACACAUACACUACAGAUUGCCCACCCCCACCAUGUUGGGACUGACUCUUAAAGGAUAAUUAAGGGAUCUUUUACACCUGAGCCCCAUUGGUAGAUGUCUUUAUUAUUAUUUCAUUAGGGACAAAACCAAUGAAAAGCCAUUCAGUAUUGAGCUAGCUAAGCAAGCAGCAUUUUUAAAUAUCAAUGUCAUAUGGGGGCAAUUUUCAAACAUUCACAUUAUCAAAAUGAAUUUGCCCAAUGUGACACCACAUGCAAAAGUGUUUUAUAUCAGGGAGGGACCGGUCACACAUUAUCAGGGGGUGUCAAAGCAAUAAAACUACAUGUGAUGUCAGUGGGCUACUGGUUUAAGCCCUGUGCCCUGUGCUUGCACACUCACACCUGAACAAACCACAGCAUCUUAACCCCACAUGGGGCAUCUGUCAGUGUUGUGAUUCCAUCAGUAUAGAUACCAGCAAAGCACACACUAGACAUGCACUACAACUUUAAGGUGGGGAUCACACUGGCCAGCGGCAGCAGCAAGCGUAAUGCAACCCGCAGACCAUAAUAAGUUCUAUCUCGUUCCUAUGGUAACACAAACGGUUUGCCUAAACUGACAAUUGAAUACCCCUGCGUUGCGCUUUGAAAGUUGAACCAACUUUAAUGCUCAGCUUGUUCAACGCCAGCGCUGCCACCGUUCCGCUGCCGAACCAUAGAGAACAACAGGAAACCUGCCGCUUGCCAGUGUGAUUCCCGUCUAAUGUCUUUGAUAAGUGAUGUCUAUGGGCAUGACAACGUGUGUUAUUGAUGGAAUUCAUUGCAACCGUAGUGUUUUGGUUGUACUGUUUUGACAUUUUUAUUUUAUUCAUAAUUCCUUUAAAUAAUUCCUUUUAAUAAUAAAACUCUUUCAGCCUCUUUGUUCUGAGAUGACAGAGACGUGUUCUGUGCCUUAUCACACUCCAUGUUGCGUCUCUGCACACAGCACAGGUCAGAUGUUCCACAUUUAGAGUUACAGAUAUUUUAGCACAUACUCCCUUUCAUAGACUUCAGUCAGGCUCUGCAGGUCUGGUGCUAUUUCCUGAACCUUGCAUGUGUAUAAACAACAAUAUCCCUUCUUUCCUUUGGCUAAGAAUCUCUUGGAUUUAUAGACUUGAACAGUUUUGUCCUUUUAAGUAGCACAAUUGAUUUUUCCCACUGUCCAAGUGUCCAUAUAGUGAAAUCGGCUACACAGCGUUUUUAUUGAUCUAUGAUGACUUUCCUGGUUCUGACAUGUGUAAGUAAUGAUUAGUGUUUGCCAGGCAGUAUGUGCAGACCCCCCCCCCACACACACACACACACAUACACACACUACACCACACCCCUCUCCCUGUCCCUGUCUAGCCUGCACUCCGUGAUCAGAAGUCAGUUGCCAUGGUGAACAUCACGGAGGAGGCUUCUCAUUACAACACUGUUAAUGGCUUUGUCCUGUUAGUCCACCUCACCUAGUGGACUGGAUGGUAAAAUGGCACACAAGAGUACAAGAUGAAUGAGCUUGAUUGUCUUAGAUCAUAUCUUAGUUUAAACCCAAACUUUUAAAAAAAAGGAACAUGAUGUAAAUAUGGGUGACCAUAUUAUGAAUCCGUUUUGUUUUUGUAAUUUUUUGAAUCUUUUAUUAAUAAUGCAAGUGUGUGUGUGUGUAUACACACACAUGUGCAUUCAUAUUUUGUUGUGCCUGAACAUAACUGUGGCCUGCUGAAUAAAUAAAUGAUGUUUCCAGUC